AUGAUUGGUCAAGAUAAAAAGGAGCUGUUUGCUUAUUAUGAUGGGGAUGAUGAUAAUGAUAGUGGGUAUGAAGAAAUGGAAAGUUUAUCCAAGCCAGAAGCGAAUUAUGUUGCUGCCAAUUUAGAUUUGAGUUGGGUAGGCACUAUUUAUUUCAAGUAUAUCUAUUUUAAAUCACUUGCGUAUUAUUUUAAUGGAUUACAAUUGGAAGCCAAUAAGAAAUAUGGAAGUUCAAUUGCAUAUUUAACAAAGUCCAAAGAUAUAAUAAAACAAGUUCAUUCCAUUACUUUGCGGGCAAUUUCCAAAGGCCAUGGUGAUGUGUAUGAAUUACUUGAUAAUUAUAAAUAUCAAAAGGAUGCAUUAGAAAUCAAGUUAAAUGAUUUGAAUAAAGAUAAUGAUUUAAUCUAUCAUGACAUUGUCCCAUCAUUGGUCACAUUGCCAGAAAUUAAACCAAUGGAUAGUACCAAAAUUAUUCGAAUCAAUGAAAAUGCCAUGCUUAAAGAAAUAAAUGAACAAAAUUACAAUAAUUUCUUAAAUAAUGUUGUUCCAUUUAAUAUUCAUGAGUUAUCAAGUUUAUACUCCGAAGAAAAAUCUCAAUUCUUAAGAAACGAAUUAGAUUUGGUAGAAGUUUCUAACGAGGAAACAUCUUCAAUUCUUGAAUACUUGAAAUUACCGAAAUCAUUGGUUGAAAUCAAAGAAUUGAUCAAUAAGGAUACUCAACCAUUUGAAAUUCCCAAUGAAAUUCUUACCAAAGUUCGUGAAGUAAGUUCAAAUUUCGAUCAGGAUGAAACUAAUAAGCACCAAAUUGAUGGAAUUCGUAAACAAAUUUUUGAGAAGAUUUCAGAAAUUGAGAGACUUGGCCAAAGUCUGUUUUCAGGCAGGGAAGAGACCAUUCAGUUGAAGAAAGCUUUAUAUGAAGCAACGAAUUCAGACAAUAAACUAUUCUCGUUGAUCGAUAGACCCUUGUAUGAAAUCUUGAGCAAGGGACCCCAAUCCAAAUCUUUCAAACAAUUAUUUGCAAUUGAAACCGAGCACCAACCAGAAGUAAGUCUUCUUGAUAUUGAUGAAACAACAGAUAAUCAAGCUAUCAUGACCAAAAUAAAGAGAAUUGAAGACUUGUUACAUGAUAUACAUAGUGUUAAAUCCAAUAAAAUGAAAUUAGUAGAAGAUUUAAAGAAAGAAAUUCAUAGUGAUGAUAUAUCAAAUAUUUUAAUUCUUAAUAGUAAAUUAAAAAGUGAGAAUGAAAUCAAAUCCGUAAUCUUUCCAGAAGAAUUAAAGAAGUUUGCACCAUUUAAUGAGCAAUUAGAUUGGUUGAUUAAACAGGAAAAGAAGUUUGUCUCCGAAUUACGGUCAGCAUGGGAAUCCUUGAAUCUGAAUAAAGAAAUUAAAAAGAUUAUCAGCAAGCAAACUAGAAUGGAUUCUAAGAUUAUAGAUGAAAAUGGAAGGAUUCAACAAUUUUAUGAUAAUUGGAGUAAAUAUCACGUUGGUUUAUCUAAGGGGAAACAAUUUUAUCAAGGAUUAUUGGAUCAAUGUAUUAGGGUCAAGAAUGAGAUUGAACAGGGUUUAAAGUUUGAUGAACAAUUCAAGAAUAUGAAAGUGAGCGAAGCUCCUCCUACAUUUUCAAAUCAAUAUCAACAGCAAUACCAAGCUGCGCCUGCUCCAACUGCACAAUAUCAACAACCAAUCGUGAACAGAUCUUCGACCGGAGAAUUUCCGAGUCAACAACAGCCACUGAAUUUUUAUAGGCCAGAAAAUCAACCAAAGCCUCCUAGUUUUAGUGGACUCGACAACCAGAAUUUUCCUCCUUCCAUAAACAGACAACCGUCGCUCCCACGACAAUAUGAAAAUGACUCUGGGAGUUUCACGAGAGGUGGGCUUAAUGAGUAUAUGCAACAACAGCCACCCCAGCUACCACCACAGCCUAUAAUAAAUAGAGCAUCUACUGGUGGGAGCUUUAAUUAUGGACAAGGAUAUCAAAGCCCACAAUCUACAGGAUAUGUCAGACCACCACAAUUGCCUCCCAAACAAAGGAUGCAAGGAGAUUUGCAGCCAUCAAUUCCUAUGAUGCCCCAGCAGCAAAUAAUGCCUCCGCAACAGCAGCAGCCGCAACAACAACCUCCGUUGUUUAAUCAAAAAACUCCAAAUAGUAACAGGAGUGAAAGUAAUUUGAUAUAUGAUCAACCAUCUACAUACAAUCCAAAUAUGUAUAAUUUCUUUUCAUCCUCGAAUGCCAAGUAG